GGUUAGGUUGACGUUGCGGAACUUGUUGUAUCUGUUACUUUUAAGAAAGAAUUCAGUUAUGUGACAUGCAUAAUCUUGUGAAAAAAUAAAAAAAUGCCUGCAGUGAAUAAAGAUCGAAUAUAGUUUAACGUGGUGUGUGUCUGCUAAUAUAGGGUUUACAUUACGCACAACGUCUGUCUGGAUUGUAUUAGGAAGACAUGGCAUUCCGCAGGGCAGCAAAGAGAACCAUUCUUCUUGGCGGUGGCGCAGUUGCUGCAAUUUAUGGCCUCUCACAGCUUUCUGCAUACAAGAAACAGACACAGCACAUGUUUGUGGAUGCUGCAGAACCAUUAAAAUUACUUCAUCCCGAUGAGCUUCCUUCAAGAGAAUCUCAGUUGUGUGCUCUUCAGAAUACAAAGGAAUUUGAUGUGCUUGUUGUUGGAGGCGGGGCAACAGGCUCAGGUUGUGCCUUGGACGCGGUCACAAGAAAUCUUAAAACAGCCCUGGUGGAGCGGGAUGAUUUCUCAUCAGGUACAAGCAGCAGGAGUACCAAACUCAUUCACGGAGGAGUAAGAUAUCUACAGAAAGCCAUUAUGAAAUUAGAUUACGAACAGUACAUGAUGGUAAAAGAAGCCCUUCAUGAACGUUCUAAUCUUCUGGAUAUAGCUCCUCAUUUGUCAGCACCGUUACCCAUUAUGCUUCCUGUUUACAAGUGGUGGCAGUUACCAUAUUACUGGGCUGGUAUAAAGAUGUAUGAUCUUGUGGCAGGAGGUCAGUGUUUGAAGAGCAGCUAUGUCCUCAGCAAAGCAAAAGCCCUUGAACUUUUCCCCAUGCUAAAGAAAGACAAGCUUGUGGGAGCUAUUGUCUAUUAUGAUGGACAACACAAUGAUGCACGAAUGAACCUCGCCAUCGCCCUCACUGCUGCCAGGUAUGGUGCUGCCACAGCCAAUUACACUGAAGUAGUGCGUCUACUAAAGAAGACAGAUCCUGAAACUGGAACAGAGCGGGUCUGUGGAGCCCGGUGCAAAGAUGUUAUAACAGGGAAGGAAUUUGAUGUCAGAGCAAAAUGUGUUAUCAAUGCCACGGGACCUUUCACAGACUCGGUGCGGAAAAUGGAUGAUGAGAAAAUCUCCAACAUCUGUCAGCCCAGUGCUGGUGUGCACAUCGUCAUUCCUGGUUAUUACAGCCCUGACAACAUGGGACUGCUGGACCCAUCCACUAGUGAUGGACGGGUUAUCUUCUUCCUACCGUGGGAGAAAAUGACUAUUGCUGGGACCACUGAUUCUCCUACUGAUGUUACUCCGCAUCCAAUGCCUAGAGAAGAGGAUGUUAAUUUUAUUCUGAAUGAAAUCCGCAACUACCUGAGCCCUGAUGUUGAAGUGAGAAGAGGAGAUGUCUUGGCAGCAUGGAGUGGAAUUCGUCCUCUAGUCACUGAUCCAAAUUCCAAAGAUACCCAGUCCAUUUGUCGUAAUCACAUAGUGAAUAUCAGUGAAAGUGGACUCGUUACAAUAGCUGGUGGAAAAUGGACAACGUAUAGGGCAAUGGCAGAGGAAACAUUAGAUUCAGCCAUGAAGGCACACAAAAUGAAGUCCAGUAAAUGUAACACAGUUGGCCUGAUGCUUGAGGGAGGAAAAGACUGGACCCCUACUUUGUACAUCCGUUUGGUGCAGGACUAUGGCCUGGAGAUGGAGGUUGCUCAGCAUCUUGCUUCGACAUAUGGUGAUAAGGCUUUUGAUGUAGCCAAACUGGCUAAGGUGACUGGAAAGAGGUGGCCUGUAGUUGGAAAACGAUUGGCGUCAGAGUUCCCUUACAUUGAAAGUGAGGUUCAAUAUGCAAUCAAAGAAUAUGCCUGCACUGCCAUAGAUAUUAUUGCACGCCGUACUCGGCUUGGUUUCCUAAACGUUCAAGCCGCUGAAGAAGCACUACCAGGAAUCGUGGAAAUAAUGGGCAAGGAACUGAAGUGGAGUGAGCAGAAGAAAAAGGAAGAACUUGAAGCAGCUAAACAGUUCCUUUAUUAUGAAAUGGGCUCUAAGACACGUUCAGAGCAACUUACUAACACUGAAAUCAACCUUACACCUGCUGAUGUAGACAGGUAUAAAAACAGAUUUCACAAAUUUGACAAACAAAAGAAGGGAUUUAUUACAGUAGUGGAUGUUAAACAUGUAUUAGAGAGCAUAAGUGUCCAGAUUGAUGAAAACACACUCCAUGAUAUUCUAAAUGAAGUUGACCUGAACAAAAAUGGACAGGUUGAAUUCAAUGAAUUCUUGCAGCUUAUGAGUGCUGUCCAGAAAGGUCGUGUUUCUGGUAGCAGAUUCGCUAUGCUGAUGAAAACAGCUGAGGAGAACCUAGAUGAGAGAGACGCUGUGUCUGUGGACCGCAGUGGUGGAGGAGUUUAAGUUAUAAAGUGCCAACUGAACCCUUGAGCUCCAAAAAAUGCAAAUCUGCAGCUGUUGCUCCUGUUUAUUGCCAGUUAUCCAAAACUUAUUGAGUUGGGUGGGGGGCUUUAUUAAAAAGAAAACACAUCCAAUAAACUUUUUCAGUAGUGAAUUUCCUUCUAGGCAUUCACAACAGAAUGUACUACUUUAUUAUUAUUUUUUUGUUUGUUUCUCUUCUUUAAAAUAAAUUAUUUUUUGUCCAGUGUCUGAAGUAAAACUAUAGUGGAAAAAUACGUUUAUUGUCAAAAUGGAUGUCAGCUUGACAUAUAAUAAUGACUCAAACAGCACUGAAUCUUAAUACUACUUCCCUAAAAGUCAUAACCCUGCUGUAUUGUGGACCAGUUUCUGCUGUAUUUUAUUUGCGGUCAGUAAUUCUCAAGGGAAAACAGCAGUUUUAGUGUAGUUGUGUCUAAGUGUCUAUAUAUUAAGAUCCACUGCAGUUUAGAUCAUUGACUUUAUGAUUUGGUUUAUGGUUGUCUGUUGUGUCAGUGUUCUGCCAGAGUAUGCUGUAAAUGUUUUUAAUAUUUAAUCCUUUAAUGGACCAUUGUUUUGUUUUAUUUUGACCUCCUUCAUUUGCACAUUUUUAUUCCAACUUAAAAAAUAUGUUAUGCACUUCCUACAUAUUAAGCAUUUUGGGACUAAUAAAAUACACAGAUGUGUAUGUGGUUGUCUUACAAUGAUGGUCUUUAUAUUCAUAUUUAUUCUUUAGUUUUUUCUUUUGAACUAUCCUUUGCAUUGUUGUGUUCAGUCUUGUAUACCGUACUGCUGUGCCAUUUUAUACCAAAUUAAGACACUAGGUAAUUAUUUUUAUAUCAGAAUUUGUGUACACUCUAUUGGUAAAUCAAAUGCAUUUUCAGACAAGUGGGUCUGCUGUUUUAAAUUACCGUACAGUAACUUGUUUCAUAAUUUGUCAGCAUCUUAAAAUAGUACUCAAUUUUUAUUCAUAGUCAUUUUCAUCUAGAUUUUCUUGAUACAAAACACUACUAAAUGCAAGUAAAAUGAUCUGCACAUCAACAGAAUGCAUAUUGGAAUAUUCUGAACGCUUACGGGUGUAUGUGAAGUGUUUUUUUAUCUAACUUUAUUAUGCUGAAUGGGAUAAAAAAAAAAAAAAAGUGUCUGUGACUGGGUUUUAAUUUCUGUAUCUGUCUUUGCACUUGGUGUUUUUAUUACUAUUAAUUUAUUACUUGUGGUAAGCCGAGUGAGCUGCUUGCAUUUAUAGAGUAAUAAGGGAAUGUAUUUAAUGUGCCUUGCUUACAAACUCUGUAUGAAUUGAGAGCAUGAAUCAAUAUAACUGAUUAAGCUAUACACUCACUGGCUUUUAGCAUGCUUAAUUUCACUGUCUCUAUAAAUAAUAUAAUUAUUGUCUCAUGCAGACUUUUAAAAUAAAGAUUUCAUACAUUUGCUUCA